AUGGAGAGGAACGACAUCAUUGACUUCAAGGCUCUGGAGAAAGAGUUGCAGGCUGCAGUUACCGCCGACGAGAAGUACCGGAGAGAGAACGCUGCCAAGUUUCGGGCAGUGGAACAGCGGGUGGCUUCCUAUGAGGAGUUCAGGGGCAUUGUCCUUGCUUCACACCUCAAGCCCCUGGAGCGGAAAGACAAGGCAGGAGGAAAGAGGACUGUGCCCUGGAACUGUCACACUACUCCAAGAGGGAGCACUCAGGACGAGACCACUGAAAUCUCCCAGGAGAAAACACCCCUGCAGCCUCAGACCUCAGCGGAGUUUUACCGUGACUGGCGGCGAUACUUGCGGAGUGGGCCAGAGCGCUACCAGGCCCUGCUGCAGCUCGGAGGUCCCAAGCUGGGCCACCUCUUCCAGACGGACGUGGGGUUUGGACUUCUAGGGGAGCUGCUGACAGCACUGGCGGAUCACGUGAGGCCGGCUGACCGGCUGGCGGUGCUGGGGAUCUUGCGCAGCCUGGCCGGUACCGGGCGCUUUGCCCUGAACCUCAGCCUGAUGAGCUGCGCAGAGAGAGCGAGCUGCAGAAGCUUGUUCCAGAAGCUGCAGGCCAUGGACACCCCUCCACCCGUGAAGGGGGGGCUCAGCCAGGAGGAGCAGGGUCUGGAGGAGCAGCCUGGGGGGCUCCAGGAGGAGGAAAGUCUCCUACAAGAACUGCUAGGGUUGUACCAAGUGGAUUGA